CUGUGAUGAAACUGCUGGUGCAGCCACCUGCAAUCAUGCUCCCCCCAAAGAAGCAAUGGACCUUGCUAAGCACCCAGGCUGGAAUCUCCAUCUCCUCAAACGAAGCAGCAAUGGGCCAAAGGGGAAGGAAAUGACGUUCAAGUCCUGCCCCCCAAGUGGAGAUGUGCAAGAUCCAAGUAAGGGAAAUCAUCUCCUAGACUCCAAGUCAGAAUGAUGUACCUGCAGCCCCUGCCUCUUGUUGUGGUACAGAGCUUCCUUCAGCUUAUAUUUUGUGACACUAAACAAACAGUCCAUGCCACAGACGUGCUGGAUUGGGAAGACAAAGAUGUUGCAGAGACAUUGGUCAACAACGUUGCCCAUUCCAGGAUCAUCAACCCUUUACGCCUAUUUGUUAAGCCAUCUCCAGUGCUGAAACAUGGCCAGAUGUCAUACUCAGAUAGCAUAGAAAACUUUUGGGAUUGGUUAGCCAACAUCACUGAGGUUCAAGAAUCUCUUGCACGGACUAAGCGCAGACCAAUCGUAAAAACUGGGAAAUUCAAGAAAAUGUUUGGGUGGGGCGACUUCCAUUCCAACAUCAAAACUGUUAAACUAAACCUCCUCAUCACAGGGAAAAUUGUUGAUCAUGGCAAUGGAACCUUCAGUGUUUAUUUCCGACAUAACUCAACAGGUCUUGGAAAUGUUUCUGUAAGCCUGGUGCCGCCUUCCAAAGUGGUGGAAUUUGAAUCUUCUCCACAGUCAACACUGGAGACCAAGGAAUCCAAGUCCUUCAACUGCCGAAUUGAAUAUGAAAAAACCGAUCGGGCUAAGAAAACUGCCUUGUGCAAUUUUGACCCUUCAAAGAUCUGCUACCAAGAGCAGACACAAAGCCAUGUUUCUUGGUUGUGUUCUAAACCAUUUAAAGUUAUCUGCAUUUACAUCGCUUUUUACAGUGUAGAUUACAAACUGGUGCAAAAGGUCUGCCCUGAUUAUAAUUACCAUAGUGAGACACCCUACUUGUCCUCUGGCUGAUGUAAUUCAUAUUCUGAGUAACUGUAGAAAUACAGGAUUGGUCAUAAAUAUGAGUUUCCUUUAAUCUUCUGCAGAGGACAGUGCUUCCAUAUCAGGUUAAAAAUGUCUUUACAAAACUUGUAGAUGUUUGUGCUGUUCCAUGAAUAUUCAACCUGUUUAUGUAACAAUCAUUUUCAUUUAACACAAUUACAUUCUGGCUAUGUUGUUAAUAAGGGAAAUAUCAGAUAUUAACAAAAUGUGAUAAGGAGGAACAUGUGCUAACAUUGAUCUUGAAAGUUAUCUUUACUGAGGUAAGUUUAAGGGCUGCUUUAGAUAGCAGAUGCAGUGAGAUCUUUUACUUGGUAAAUACAGCACCUCGCAUCCUGGGGUCACAAUCCUGAUUGUAUUUUGUUAGCACCUACAGUUCCCAAACAACAAACAAUAAGAGGAAGACAACUGGGUCAGGCCUGCAAGCUCUCCACAUGCAAAACUUAAUUUCAACAGCUCUUCAACUGAUGUCAAUAGGAAUGUCACACACAGAGGAUUUGAUGAAUUGAGUCCUAAUAUUUAAUAAAAUGUUAUUUCUAUUAAGGAAAUGAAAGAGAAUUGAAUUCCUACUCUGGGUUUUAGCAGCAACGCAUAGUCACUGGAAUGGAAGAGCAGUUUCUUCAAAACUCUUACCUGUGAAAAUGCAGUGAUGCAAUGAUCCUUAGUCUGUUAGACCCACAAAGUGUGCAGGUUUGGUGUACACUUUUCCUAUUGUGGUCACCAUUGUUUUGAUUUAUACAUAUAUACUGGUACUAGCUUUACAGUGGGAAUAGAAUAUAAGCGUACUCUGUAAAACCAUGGUCUGGUGUUCAGUGAGCCCCAGAAUAAAUAACAGAGAGUGGUUUCCAUUUAAAUGAAAGCAUUACCUUAACAUCUUGCCAUCCAGCACAUUCUGAUUUAUUACCUUCCUGGAAUGGAAAAGUAUCACAAGAUAAGGCCAAUACCCCAAUAACACAUGCUUUUCUUUUUCAUGAAAAUUUUCUUUUAAGACAAGAAAACCACAAUCCCUGAAAAUGAAAGGUCAACAAAAACCUAGACCUCACGCCUCAUAGAAGAUUACAAAACCACUGCCAUCUGUACAGCACAUUUCAACAUUGGCCAGAUCCUCUGGUGGUAUAAAUUUAUAGCACCAGAGGAUCUGGCCCUAUAUGCUGCUUAUGUAGGAACUGAUACUGUUCCCCUGAAAUCAAUGGCAAAAUUGAUUUCAACUGUUUGGGAUCAAGCAAAAAUGACAUUUGUAUUUUUUUUGGUUAUUGUUUUUACCACCAUUGCGGAUUACCAAGAUGUGUGUGUAAAAAGAAGCCAGCUCCUGCUCCUCUUUUCUGAUGUCAAAGUUUAGUGUCUGAUGUCACAGCUCUUUGCCAAGGUUUAAAAAGGGAUUGACUGGAAAGGAGAGAGCUAUUUGUUACAUACAAACUGAUGAGCACUGACAGAAAGGUGACAUGCAUAUAAGAAGUUUUACUAAAGCAGCUGUGCUUCUGGACCAAUAAAUAUAUAUGUCAAAUCAAAAAGGAUGCCACUCAUUAGAUUAUUUCUCUAUUCUUACUUAUGCAAAGCUUCAUACAGAAAAAUCCUUUGUUAAAGGAAAUGUUUAAUUUGUUUUUGUCUUAAAGUUACAAGUUUAGAAAUGUGGAUUUGUUUAUAAAAUUCUAAAAUUGUCCUGUAACAGCUUAUUCCAUACAAUUGGUCUUUGGGUUUCAGGUGGGUUUUAGUUUGCUUACUGAUACCUACAUAAUGUUCUGUUUUGUGUUCUGUAUACCGUGUCUUAGAUUUAGCUGUAUAUAUGCCAGUAUUUAUUGCUAUAUUCUAUUUGUUCAGUGUUUGGUGCUUUUGUAACUUAGUUGUAAGCCACGAUUUUAUUGCUAUGUAGUUUUACGCAGCUCUAUAAACUAUUUAAAAAACUACAAAGUAUUUAUUGUAGAGUAUGAGGAAAUCAUAUAUGUAUAUAUACUUAAAUCUAUGUGUACAUAUACAGAAUAUAUUGUACAUGUAUUUCCAUGUAAAUAAAGAGAGUUUGCUAAAUC